AUGGAAAUACUGGAAUCUCUUUUGCAAUAAUUUGCACCGUGUUGAAUAGAGGUUUUUAAUAGCCGCGACAUUUGUCCAAAAUAAUUAACUGUAUAGAUGAGGGGGUUUUGCAAUUAUUAAAUUAUUGAAAAGAUUACUACAUUUCUAUAACAUAAAUCUCUUUUUAGCUUGAGGGUCUUCACUAAACGUUUAAACUAUACCAAAUUUUAAAACCAUAUAAGCUGAAUAAGUUAAUGUUUACUUUUAAUAUAUGUUUAUUCUGAUUUCUGCUAGAGUUCUUCGUCGAAGAAUGCUCCAGUUUUUUUUAUGACCUUGUAAAAAUGUUUCCAAAAACCUUUUUUUUAAUUAUCUGAUUAGACCUCUUUUCUUAUUUUUUAGCAAACUUUUACUACAACCACGCAUGUACCUUAUUAAAAAUUGCACCCUGAUAGGCUAUAAGGGUCUGUUUGCUUUAUUGACUCAACUUACUUAAUAAGAAUAACCUAACAAAUGAAGUUAACAGAACUGACUUUAGUUUAAUUUAGACAAUUUCAUGUGUUUAAUUUUGUUAGCUUAGUGUUUCUUCGAAUGUGAAUAUGUUAUAAUGCUGACUUGUUCACCGUUUAGUCUUCGUAAAAGAACAUAAGUCUGAUAAAAUGACAAUGUAAAAUUAAAUAAUCAUGGAUAUGACUUUUUUGAUCAUUGUGAAAAAAUUCGUUGAAUUGUUGGGUACUUCCCACUUAUUCACUGAGAGAUUAUUUAAUUGCAAUUGAUCAUUUUUCAAAAAUGCUGGAUGUUGCUUACAAUAUAAAAGUUUUACUGGAAUGAAUUUUGCUCCUUUUGCCUAUAAAUUGACAAUUAAAUAAAUAAAAGUUUGACAUUGAAAACAAGGAAAACAAACUGAAAGCCUUUUGGAAAUACAUAAAUAUUUUCAUUUUAUCUACUAAAAAGGCCUUACAAAGAGAAUUUAAACUUUACGCCAGGUUAUAAUUUUCAAUAGUAAUGUUAAGCUUUUCACGUCUUUACCAUGUAUCGUCUGUUACGUGCAGUAUCAAAAAACAAAGUUUAAAAUUAUGUAAAAUGGUUAAUCCGAAACCAAAAAAGCACUGGUAUGCACCUUCAAUGUUAGAAUUCAACAAAAUGCCCUCUGUGAAAUCUUUAACAAAAGUUACCCAUGAACCCGGCAAGCGUGGAAUACGCCGAGUGGCGAUGCUGAACAAGAUGUUUAUGAAACACAUUACUGAUCUGAUGUCCACAGGAACGGUUUCAAUGGAUAUUAUCGGACGAGGGAUUGAAAUAUCAAAAGUGAAUGUAACAUCUGAUUUUCAAACUGUACAUGUUUAUUGGAUAUGCAAAGGUACCUCGACAGAUGAAGAGACGGAAGCCACAUUGAACUCUGUUGCAGGAGCUCUGAGGCAUGAGCUGUCUGUGCUCAGGAUCAUGGGCCAGGUUCCUUAUAUUGUCUUUGUUAAAGAUAUGCAUGAAGCCCGGAUAUUAGAUCUCGAUAAUAGAUUGCUCAAAGCUGAUUUUGGAGAAAACUACACACCAACUGAUCCAGGGCAUUUACUUAAGACAGAAUUCACACUAGACACCAAAAUAUCUCCUGACAUCAAGGCCAAAAUACGGCAGUUAGAAAUAGACGAACCAAGUCAAGAGAGUCCAAUACCAGAAAUGACUCACACGAUCUACGGCUUAGACCACGCCAAGAUAAUGAACAGACUCUUAACUGCUAGGAAGAAAAGUAAAGACGCUUGGAGUAAUCUUGAAUCAGAAUCGCCAGUUAUAUCUUACAGAAUACAUGAAAGCACACCUAUCAAAGUCGAUACUGUCACCCAAAAUAAGGAAUUGGCUGAGUUUUUACUUAAAAGACAGAUACUACAAAAUAAAUUGGCCAAGCAGUUACGGAAAACAAGCGACGACUGGCAGUUGUCGGACGAUAGCGGAUCCAAUUCCGACGAGGAGUACAUUGAUGAUACCUACUACGAAGACGAGGAGUAUUAUUACGAUGAUAUAGAAGAAAAUAAGAAAAAAUUUGCCAAAGAAUAAUCAAAUAAACAUUGUUUUCGGUGUAUA